AUGCAAUUCACUCAGAACGUUCUCCUGCUUCUCACCAGCUUGGCUGGCCUUGGCGCCUCAGCCCCUCCUCGCCCAUACCCACCACCAUUCAGACCACGUGGUGUCCCCGUUCUAGGAAACGUUCCUUACCCAAACACCACGAUAGCGGGAAUCACCGUCAUUGACACUCCUAUCGUCCGUCUUGCAAGGGAAUUCGCUCGUAAUCACAGCGAUGACGCUACCUACAAGCACCAAGUUCGCGCCUGGCUCUUUGGAUCUCAAAUCAUUGCCCAUAACGAGACACUUCUGAACAGCGUCGACCUUGAAGUUCAAGCCGUGGCUGCCAUUCUACAUGAUCUUGGUUGGGACCAAACCCCAGACUCUCCAGUCACUUCUACGGACAAGCGAUUUGAGGUUGACGGAGCCAUCGCUUCGACGGAGUUCCUCAAGAAGUACGGAGAUGAGAACUGGGACCACCGCCGUAUCCAGCUGGUAUUCGACGCUAUUGCAUUGCACACGACCCGCACGAUCGCAUACUACAAGGAGCCCGAGGUAUUCGUGACCAGCCAGGGCAUUGCUAUUGACUACAAUGGCCCGGAGCGAGGUGUCACCAACCAGACAUGGCAGGACAUCGUUACGGAAUACCCCAACUUCGACUUGAUCCAAGCUACUAAUGAUACCUUCACUUUUAUCUGUGCCAAGAAGCCAGAUGUGACUUGGGACACCCAACUACAGCCGUGGGGUGACCGAUACGUGCCUGGCUACAAGGACAGUGAGAACUUGAGAAUUGACGGCAUCUUCACGUACCUCCAAAGCAUCCAGAAGAAGUAA